UCGUGUCGACGACGAUAUAAAGGGCGGGAAAAUAAAUCAGACGAGCAAAACAAAAAAAAGAGGGAAAUCGGAAGAAACAAGAAAGGAGAAGGCGGCAAUCCCCUCGAAACGGGGAAACUCUUCGCCGGUGCUCGCGACGGCUUCGUUCGGCCCCGAUUCUUCCUCCGCCCUCGGCUCUUCUCUUCUCGUUUCACAGGCAUGGAACGUGACCUGGUUAAUGCACCAAAAUUUGAUUACUCCAGUGAUACUGAUGAUUUGAAGUAUGUGAGUGGACUCAGCACAAUAUUUGUGGCCACCAUUCAAGAAGUAAAAGACCGGGUUUCCCAAAUAGAAUUAAUCUUCUGUAGCCAACUAUUUCCAUGUUUGCAAUCAACAUCAAAACUCUUACAGAAAAAGCUUGCUGAUACCAGGAAUGCAAUGGAGGCUGAAUGGAAGAAAAAAGAACAUGCCCUCUUACAUCAGAUUGAAGAGCUUCUUUCUGAAAAGAAACAUUGUCAAGAUGAAAUCCAGCAAUUGUGCAGUUCAUUAGAGGAAAGUAGGACAAAGUUAAUGGGCACUGAACAGUUGGUAAAGAAAUAUGAAUUAGAGAAAGGACAACUUAUGGACGAAGUUGAAAGCUUAACAAGGAAUGAGGUAAUAAUUGGUGAAUUGAAAAGGCAGCUCGAGCAGAAAACCAGUGAAAUAGCUGAGGGGAAGGAGUUGCAACAAAGUUUAUUAGAACAAAGUGAAUUGAAUGAUAAGAAAUUGUCAAUUGAGCAAGCUAAAAAAAGAGAGUUGCUUGAGGAUUACAACAGGUUGAGAACAAGUUACAAACAAUUGAAAUCGCAAUACCUUUACUUAAUCAGGAAGCUGGAUAACAACUUAGAAAAUGAGCAUCACUUGGACAGGAAGCAGGAGGUAAAGAGUUCGCCAAUGUCUUAUCCAAAAAAGAGAAGACUCCAAGAUUAUGAAGAGAAUGAAGAGGAGAUUACGAGCAUUGCAUCUCAGACAGAUGAGACAAAAUCUGAGGGUGGUUCUCAUGAAGAUCCUGCAGUCCAUCACGAUCUUCCUUUAGUUAAAAGAUUGACCAAUGGUUCCCAUGUCACUCAUUCAUCUUGCCGCCCAUCCAUUCUGCCAAAGUAUACUGUUGGUACCACCAAAUCAGAGCCAAUAGCUGGUGAAAAGAAAGGCAGUUCAUCUUGGAGGGAUACUCGGGCUAAAGAAGCUCGUGGUUUGGAUCUCCAUGAUGACUUUCUUGACACUCCUUUGGAGAUCGUGAGGAACAUAAACAAGCUCCCCUGCAAAGAAGCUCAAGAUAUUGCAGUCCCUCCUCCAAAAGAUGUGGAUUUAAACAAUUAUGAUGAUGAAACACAAGAUAUGAACACCAAGACUAUACCACACCAACAGUGCAUUUCUGUCCUAGGUCCAAAUAAAGGGGGAUUUAAGUACGUGGAGCCUGUAAGGAAGAAGACUGACCGGGAGAAUCUUAAAGGAGUUGAAUGCCAGCAAUGCAAGAAAUUCUAUGAUGCAGUUCUGCUCGGUGAUGAUGGUAAUCCAGAUCAUGUGAAUAGGCGCUGCGAACAUCAUGAUGGUGUGUCAAGGCAUCGUUACAGGUAUGCCCCUCCAAUGACACCUGAAGGAUUCUGGAACAUUGGGUUCGAUUCAGAUAUGUAGCUUUUGAAGCAUUAUGGAUUUAUAUGUUAUUUGCAUUCGUUUCCAAGUCCUGUAUGUGUUAGUUACUAUGAUUCUGAAGCUCAAGCAAAGAAAUAAAUUUGUUGCUAAAUAGUUUUAA